AUUUGAAUCUCAAUCUGAACAUCGGAAACGUUGCAAACAUUGACCAAAACUUGGUGAAUUAGUUCUUCAUAACCACGACCUGCCAGAAAUAUGGACUUUCCUGUUGACCCUCUCGUAGCCUCCGCCGAUCCGGCAACGGCUCCAUCCCAUACCCCGCUCCACGGCCGAUACACCUCCGUGGUCCCGUUGCAACCAUCGCAUGCGCAGGCCAUCUUCAAGCAUCUCGGCCGCGAAGAGAACGCCUGGCGCUGGACAUAUCUCUUAACUGAGCCUUUCCUCGAGUUCGAAGAAUGCGAGGCAGCAUUCAAGGAAUGGAGCGUCUGCAAAGACCCGUUGUACUUUACUGUAUUGUCCGGCCCGGCAUCGGAUCCAUCAUCCGAGCCAGUGGGUGUGAUGGCAUAUCUCUCUAUUGUUCCGGCUCAUAGACGUAUUGAGAUUGGAUCCAUCAUUUUCAGUGAGCAGCUGAAGCAGACGCGUACCGCCACUGAGGCCCAGUACCUUCUCAUGAAGCAUGCUUUCGAGGGCUUGGGCAACUACAGGCUCGAGUGGAAGGCCAAUCAUCUGAACAAGCCGAGUCUCGCAGCUGCUGCGCGGUUAGGAUAUACCUAUGAAGGCACUUUCAGAAAGCACAUAGUCACCAAAGGGCGACGUAGAGAUACAGCUUGGUUCAGCAUCACAGAUGAUGAGUGGCCGUUAGUCAAGAGCGGCCUGGAAAUGUGGUUGAGCGAAGAAAACUUUGAUGAGAAUGGCAAACAGCGCAAAGGUCUGAAGCAGUGCCGAGAGGCAGUCGAGGCAUAAAGUCAAGCUUUGUAGCUUGGUUGUUGGAAGCUCUAGUAAGGAGGGAGGAGAAGAGCUGUCAAGCGCAAGAUCGCGUAGAAAGGGUGAACAGGUUAUUAGACGCAGACAGUUGCAACGAUGGUAAUGUUUCCGGGCACCGUGCUG